AGCCCCUAGCUGCAGUCGCCAUUUUCUUCUCAUCGAAAACGAACCAAGAAAACCGACCAACAGCGGAAGAACUAAUCCCGAACCGGGCCGUGUUUAUUUUCGUGGUUCUGGGCCCAACAGUUCUCUUCGUGAAUUAAUGGACUGUGUGUUGCUACGUGGCGAUGGUUUCAAUCCGGCUGCUAUAGGUUUGUCCGGGCCUCUGAGCUGGAAGAUGGAGGAGAAGGCGGCCCGAGAAGACGCCUGCAGGGAGUACCAGUCCUCUCUGGAAGACCUGACGUUCAACAGCAAACCGCACAUCAACAUGCUCACCAUCCUGGCCGAAGAGAACAUCCAGUUCGCCAAGGAUAUCGUGGCUAUUAUUGAAGCUCAAAUCAGCAAGGCGCCGACCGCAGAGAAGCUUCCUGUUUUGUACUUAGUGGAUUCCAUAGUGAAGAAUGUUGGAGGAGAAUACCUCGCAGUGUUUGCUAAAAACCUAAUCGCUUCAUUUAUUUGUGUCUUUGAAAAGGUGGAUGAAAACACUAGAAAGAGUCUGUUCAAGCUGCGCUCCACCUGGGAUGAAGUCUUCCCGCUCAAGAAGCUGUAUGCGCUGGACGUCAGGGUCAACUCGCUGGACCCGGCGUGGCCCAUCAAGCCGCUGCCGCCAAACAUCAACUCCAGCAUCCACGUCAACCCCAGGUUCCUGAAGCAGUCUGAGGAGAAGGUGUCUCCACAACCGGCCCCCUCCAAGCCUGUAGCUUUACCCGUGGCCCCCCAGGCGAGCCCAGCGGCGCCGCCGUCCAGCCUGACCCAGGAGCAGCUGAUCCGCCAGCAGCUUCUGGCCAAACAGAAGCAGCUGCUGGAGCUGCAGCAGAAGAAGAUCGAGCUGGAGCUGGAGCAGACCAAAGCGCAGCUGGGAGGACUGGCUCUGCCGCCGUCGUCUACAGUGGCCCCCCAACCAGAGUCCAGCAGCACUCAGAGACCCGCCAACCCCAUUCGACCCUGGAUCCCCCCCCAGCCUCAACCUGACCCCAAGGCGUCCAGUAGAGACCCCCGUCUGAACCGUGGCGGGCCCCCAGCUGGGCCCACACUCAAAGAACAACCCCCCACCAAGAGGGAGAGCCCCCACCCUCCAGGGGGGCCCGGCGCCGCCAUGGCGAGGAGGCCGCCAGAGAAAUCCCCCCGGCCUGAGAAAGCCCGGCCCCCCAGGAAGGAGACACCAGAAGACAAGUUAAAGCCCAAAUCUCCGUCCCCUCUGGCCAAAGGGCCCCAGGGCCGCAUCAGGCCGGCAGAGCCUGAGGGCCCCAAGAAGGACCCCAGGACCAAGAAACGAGUACUGGAGAAGAGCGCUGAGCCCCGGGACGACGAGAAGAAGCGCUGCAGCGACAAGAAGGAGCGGGAGGAGGUGCCAAGGAGACCAGAGCCCCCUAGGUCCAAAAUGCCCAAUCUGGUCAACGGCCUGGGGGCCAAAACUGACCAAGCAGAGCCCGGAGACAAGGCUGACCCGAAGCCCGGAGGCGCCGCUCGCAGGAAACGCACCCGCUCACGGUCCCGCUCCCCCACCACCUCCCCUAAGAGGAAGGAACGCCGUUCCCCCAAAAGCCACGGCCGCAGCAGCUCCCCAUCACCCCCCCACAAACCCGGGAAACCCCGGAGGCCCCGAGGAGACGACCCACAGAACGGAAAGCCGGGCCGAGACGACCGACCCGGCCCCAAGAAGACCCAGUCAGAUGGCAGGAGAACCAAAAGGCCGCUGGACGAGCGGCACUCUGAGUCCAGGGACCCCCACAGGGGCCAUGAUGGUGCUGGGAAGGACCCCAAGGAUGCGCCACACCGUUGGAGGAGCGGCUGGGAGGAGAACAAACACAUGAAGCUUCCAGAGGACUCCCACAACAAGCCCACCCCCCCCAGACACAAGCCACAUGGCACCCCGACCCGCCCCAGCACACCCAGGAACCAGAAGAUCCGGCUCAGCGUGGACGCUAACCUGCAGAUCCCCGAGGUUCUGAACUCCGCCUCCAAGAAGGACCUUCUGAGGCGGGCCAGCAAACGUCUGGAAAGGGGGGAAAUUUCUCGGGAGGACUUCCUGAACAUGGUGCACCAGAUCAACCAUUUCUUCCAGUACCAGGAGGAGAAGCAGCAGAGCUCCGGGAACUGGGACGACACCAGAAGGUUCUCCGCAAAGAAGCAAUCUCUGCUGAGCGCGACCUGUCCUCAGGAAGCCAUGGACCCCGCCCAGCUGUCGUACUUUGAGCACAAGUCCAAGCUGAGGAAGACGCAGGUCAACCACAGGGCGACGGGUGACGAAGGCCAGGAGGCGUCAGAGGAGGGCGAGAAGCUGGUGUCGAGGAGUGGGGGGCCCUACGGUCGACCAUCGCAGGACCAAGCAGGUGAGCGAGACGAGCCGCAGCCGCCACUCGCCCCCAUGGUGGAGGAGUACAACCACGGCAAGGAGUUCCCCAAACUCAAGUCUCUGCCAGGACUCCGCUUCAGGAGGAGAGCCGACCCCGCAGAGUCCAGUGAGCGGGAGUGGACGUCGCCGCUGACGGAGCGCCAGCUUUAUGACGAGCGGGAGGAGCACAAGAGUAGCUACGAUGCCCCGCGGAGGUUCGGGCCGGCCGACCCACGCCGGCAGGAUGGGCCCCUUCCCUCUGUAGGGGCCCACCGCAACUCCCUGGGCCCUGCUGGGCCGGAUGCUCCGCCCCCUCGCUUUGAACGCUCCCGUCUGUCUCCUCUGCAUCAGAAAGAUGCGGCUGACCUGAGCCCGGUCCCUUGCUUUGAAAGUCCAAACAGCGAGCACUCAGAUGAGGGGCCCCUGGAGGCCCCCCCUCCUCCUCCUCAGGGCUCCAAACCAAACAUGAAGGGGCUCCCCCGUGGGGGGCCUCUGUCUGUUCGGCAGCACAGUGACUCCCCAGGACACACACCCCCACACGAAGGACACCCUCCUUCUAUGUAUGGGGGCCCCGGGCACAUGGGCCCCUCCAGACCACACCGCCAUGGCUGGAGCCGGUUCGAGGAUCCCCAGUUUGAUGGCCCCCACCACCCGGGGCCCGGCAGGUUCGAAGGUGGGGGGCCAGCACAUCAUAACCUGCCAGAGAGAACUGAGGGCCCCCCGCCCUGUGAGGGGCCCCGCAUAGCAAUGAGAGGAGAAGGGUUGGGGGCCUUUGACGGGCCCCCACAGGGGCCCAGCAGGUUUGGUGGUCCCAUGGGACAACAGCAGUUUGAAGGGCCCAUGGGGGGCCCUGGUCCGUCGGAGGGCCCCAUGCAGCAUUUUGAGGGGCCCAGCCACUUCGGCAACAUGGGGCCUGGUCCAAUGGGCUUCCAGCAGCAGCUGCCCCCCCGCUUUGAGGUUCCCAACAAUCAGAUGGGUCCAAUGAGGUUCGAGGUCCCCGCACCGGGCCCCAGGUUUGACCUGCCAGGGGGGCCCCAUCAAGUGGGCCCCCAACAGCCGGGACCUCCUCGCUACGAUUACCCUCCUGGCCAGCAAGGUCCCCCUAGGUUCCCCCCCCAACACAACCUCCAGCUCCCUAUGCAGCCCAUGGCCCCCCCCAUCUACGAUGGCCCCGCCCCACCGCAGCAGAACUUUGGUAUGGGCCCCCAGCGGUUCCAGGAGCCCAUGAACCCUCAGUUCCCACCGGGGCAGAACCUGCUGCCGGCGGGAAACUUCAACAUGCAGCCAACGCCGUUCAACCAACCGGGCCCCGGGCCCUUCUACAACCCGCCGGCACCUGUUGCCCCCAUGCAGCAGCCGGUGAACAUGAUGGGGAACGUGAACCAGCCCUACCUGCCUCAGAACCCGGUGCCUUUCGGACCACAGACUCCUCAGGUGGCUCCUCCAGAGAACCACUUCGGUCAGGUAGAUGUCAACGACCUUCUGUCCAAACUCAUCUUCAACGGCAUCAUCAAGCCGCCAUCGCAGACCGACUCGUCACAGACGGCCAGCGGUGAGUGAGCCCCCCCACAGAACCAGAGCAUGUUCUAGAUGUCUGAUCAUCCCGUUGCCGAGGAAAGAUCUAAGGCUGUGUCCUUCCUAACCUCUCCAUCACUACAUUUAGACAGCUUUAUUCUGUCAUUUGGUAUACACGUGUGUAAACAAACACUACACAGUGAACUCUGUUAACUGACCGUUCCCCGUUGGU